GAAGGGAAUUACAUUAAAUUUUCCAACAGCUUGAAAAAUCUCGUAAGGAUUUUCACGCUGAGUGAAAUGCAGUCUUGUGUCCGAGACGUUGCAGUGCAUGUAGAGUGGCCACGCUUUUGAAGGCGCAAGUUUGUCGGUGGGUGAAUGGUGCAAUAGGGUGUAGGACAUGUUGAUAGCUCAGCAGCCAGCUCGCGGACGCGUGUAUUGCAAGUAAUCUUUCUGGCAACGGUUUGUACCCUCGCACUGUUCGUUUAGUGGGACGAAGAAACCGAGAUUACUAAAUUAUCGAGGUAAAGUUGGAUUGUGAGUCUGUUGUGGGCGCCGGAACUGAUUGAGAAGAUAGGAGCUCCUCCAUUCUUCUCUCUAACACAGGAGGAUGUUGCAGGGAACUGGUGGAACCUGUAGAGCAAUAUGACUACACUUGCUGAAACACAAGCUGUUCUUCGCAGUGCUGAUGCAGUCUGUUUUGAUGUUGACAGUACAGUCAUUAAAGAAGAAGGAAUUGAUGAACUAGCAACAUUCUGUGGUGUCGGUGAUGAAGUAGCAGAAAUGACUCGAAAUGCAAUGGGAGGGGCCGUCUCAUUUAAGAAGGCUCUAACAGAGCGUCUAUCUAUAAUACAACCUUCACGAGAGCAAAUGAACAAGCUCCUAACUGAUCACCCCCCAUGUUUAACGGAGGGCAUAAAGGAACUGGUCGGUCAACUUCAACGACGUGGGGUUGAAGUUUUCUUGAUAUCUGGUGGUUUCAGGAGCAUAGUGGACCAUUUAGCAACACAGAUAAAUGUUCCCUUAGCCAAUGUUUAUGCAAACAAGCUGAAGUUUUACUUCAAUGGUGAUUAUGCUGGUUUUGAUGAAACUCAACCAACAGCAGAAUCUGGUGGGAAAGGCCGAAUCAUAGCUCGUCUAAAAGAAGAAAGAGGCUUUAAGAAGGUUGUUAUGAUUGGAGAUGGAGCCACAGACCUGGAAGCAUGGCCUCCUGCAGAUGCAUUUAUCGGAUUUGGUGGGAACGUUGUCCGACAGCAAGUAAAAGAGAAAGCCAAGUGGCUGUCACUUUUCAGGUUUGUUUCAUCCCAAUCUGGGAGAACUCCACUUAAUGAGAACAGCUCAACCUUUGCGCAGCAUUCACAGAGACACAGCAAACUCCAUGGCACCAAUAUCAUCAGGAGGCAUACGCUCAAUGUGUGGGCAGGUCUCCCAUUGCCUUGCUAGGCUGAUCUCCAUCAUAAUGCUUCUCUGAGGGCAAGUGCCAUAUCGGAAUAUUUUGUCAUGAUACUUAAAAAUACGGAAAUUUCUUGAGAAUAAAUCUGGAUUCAUGACACCGAUAAGUGCUAGUUAUGCUGCCAUUAUAUUGAUUUAGCUAAACAUGGAUCUUAGUCUAUUUCACAGUGGUGGGGGCAGGGCAGGGCAGGGCAAGAGGUUCAUUGAUGCAGACAAUCACAUCACAAUGGGAAAAUUUUAAGCUGAAUAUGCAAUGUUUGUUCAUGAAAUCAAUACUUCCUUUCUUUUUCCCAAGUCACAGAACUAAAUGCCAUGGUGUCAUUACCAAGCGUGGUUUAUCCCAAUAACAAGGCAGGGCUUUGUUGUGUGUGCAUUACUUGUCGUGUACAAGACAUUAAGCCAACCAUAACGCAAAUUUGACAUGGCCCAAUACAUAUCUUUCCUAGCUAGUUGUCUAAUGUAAUCUUUUAUCAGCCUAUUUCUGUGCAUGUUUGGUUGGGAGCUUGCUGCCUAUAACCACAGAUCAGUCCAAUGUGUGUUGCUCAGGUGUUGUGUUCCAUUUGUCAUGGUCACCCUAGUCUGGCUAUAGAGAUUCUUUCCCCCAGUCAAGGCUGUUGACAAUAACCAAUAUGACCAAUUCAUACCUCAGAAGCAAUGGCACACAAAAACACCUAAGGGCUGUCUCUCCUGGACAAGUCUGAGAAUCUGCUUUUAUAUUUUUCAAAAAGAUGAACUAUAAUGUGCACCACACACAGUGUGAAGGGAAAAUCUCUACAAAGAUGUAAUGACAGAAUUUAACUGCACAUGUUGCAAGUGAUAACUAAUUUAUCAAUUUCCACUUCUGGGAAAACGUACCAUUAAAACUCUAACCAGGGAUACUGUCACAGAAUGGAAGGCUGUUGACCCAUUUUUCCUCACAAUGAUACUCCCAAAAAGCAAACUGCAUGUUGUCACUUUUCCAUUCUCUUCCACAUUUCCUCCCCUUCAGAUAUUUAGAAAACAUAGAAAAUUUAUGAUACAGGUAUUCACUGCCUGUUAGGUCCACACAGACUGAAAACUGUACCACGCAACUUCAUUCAAUCUUCCAACACUUGGUCUGUAUUUCUGGAGGAUAUGGGACUUCAGGUGCAUAUCCAUACCUUUUAAAUAAGUUGAAGAUUUCUGCCUCUAUUAGUCUUUAAGGGACUGAAUUCCAGACACCUACUACACUCUAAAUGAAAAGGUUUGUCCACAUCUCCCCUCUAAUAAUUUAAACCUCCUGGUCACUGACCCUUUUGUUGUCUUGCUUCUCCCUAAAUAAGUUAGACAACUGAUUAGAAUUUAUGAAUGAAUUUGCCCAGGUGUCCUGUAAUACGUAAGUGGUCAAAUCAAUAUGACCACAAGCCGGUAUCAAUGCAAAACAGUCCCAAUUUUAUUCGGAACAAACUUACGCUAAUUUUUAAUACUAAACUUACCAUCUCUAAUCCUGUUUUGCCCCUUAAGCUUAAACUGCUUCUACAGUCUCUUGUAGAUUUAUGCAGUCCCUUUCUCUGUCUCUGCAAAAUUGCUUUCUUUCCUUCUGUUUCUGCAUGGUCAGCUGAUUGCUGCCUCAGGCAAUUUCAGAGAAAGGUCUGCAGGUGAACUGUUUUUACACAUUUUAGAUGGCUUCCUGGAACUUUCUAUAGUUCUGGCCAAUCAGCAAGAUACACUUAAUAGUUUGAAACAGAGUCUGUGUGCAGAAGGACCUAGUGCCUUUCUGUCUAGGCCCACUGCUCAGAGGAUAAGUUGUUGGGGAUAUGCCUGUCCAGGAUAACUGUUGCCUUUUACAUUUUGCUAACGCCAUUAGCACCUGACUGCCAUGUUUGCAGUGGAUUUUGUGAUUUCAGAGUUUUAUUUGGCCAAACAGCAAGGAAUACUGGGUAAAUUGGCCAAGUAAAACUGAAACUUACCCAGCAUCCAUUGCUGUUUGGCCAAGUUAGCAAUCUGUUUUAGCAACCAUUAGGCUGCCACACUUUGCUGAGAAAUAGAUCCUUCUCAUUAAACAUAAAAUUCCCUCUCACGUUCUUGUACAUGUCUAUCAAAUUUCCCCUCUGUUCAAACAACCACCAACCACAACUUCCAGUUCUGACAACUUCCCCAUCCCCCAAACACUGCUUGCAGAACUCCAUGGCAUCAGUAUGCAACAGAAACAGAGCACAUCGUCUCAGCGAGAUGAGUGCUGGCAGUCAGAUCAGCACUGUCCCAAUUCUGAAUGGUGGCUUCCUGAGCCUGCUUCUGGCCUCAAUAUUAGCAAAGGUUGUGGAAAAAAACAAGGUAGACUUGUUAUCCAAAAGGUGAAGUUCUGCAAAUUGCAGUCAUUUCUCAUCCCUGAAUGCAUUUAAAAUAAGGGAAGAUCAGGGCAGCAGAAUGGGUUCACAACUGCUCUCAAAGAGAUCAUGCAUAUGUCAAAGGCUAAAAUGACCUCCUCUGAUGCAAAUUACACAUUUAGAUUUUAAUUUAAUAAAACAAUCCUUGUACAGUCACACCAACCUUUUUUGUACAAACAUCUACGACUGCUUACCUGUUAAGAAAGAUGGAUUGAGGCACUGGGAAUGUUCAGAGUGUGUUGCACCAUCAUAUGAUAAACUAAUCUAUCCCUAUUCGGCUCAGCAAAUGAACAGAUAUCAUUACUUACAACGUGCUAGUUUUGGCAGGCUAUAGAACUUUGGAAUCCAGACAGCAAACAGAAAGUAGCUACUUUAUCAGGCCACAUUAUGUGUCAAGCUCCUCAUUUUGCUUAUACUUACUUGCAUUAAAUGUUGAAAUAUGUCUUGCACUUUUAACAUACUUUGUUGAAUAUUUACUUUUUCUGAUAAGGUAAUUUUUUUUCAAAAUUGUUCCACUGAUUUUAUGAUCGAAAAUUGAGAGAUAAUCUAAUGUAUCUUGGAGGAAUUUGGAAAUACAUUGUUUCU